ACACGAGAUUCCCAUAGCCCAGCCCAAGGAGCCUCUAGCUCCUGCGAUUUUGCUUAUCAGGGUUUAAAACCUGCUGUGUAGCGGUAAAUCCCAAUGUGUCUUAUGAUCUGUGACAGCUCCGGUGUUGAAAAUAUCAAGGAUGGCAGCGAUCCGCCUUUUGUGUCCGCAGCAGUAGGUGCUGAGCUGGGCGCGCUCCGUGUAGGCACGGCGCGGCGCGGCGGGGUGACUCCUGUCUGAGCCGGAUUUCUUGGGGCAGAAACAAAGCCCGCAGCAAUGCCACGCAGAGCGCUCAGGUGCCCGGGCUGCGGCUGGGCUCGGGAGCCUGCUCCCUGCUCUCUUGCCUCUCGCCAUGUUGGACUCUCUGGGUUUUUUUUUCCCCCGAGGGAGCCCACUCUUCCCCAGCCUUCUCAGGGAAAGGCCCCUUCCGCCUCUGCGCUGGGGGCCUGUGCAAAGCAGGGAGCUUUCUACUCCCACACUUUUUCCUCCCACGCUGGAAAGAGACAAGCCAGGGACUGUUACUUUGUGCGGGGAGGAGGGAGGGGACCGAGUGAAGACAAACAGAGCCGAGUAUAAAAUAAUGUGCUAUUAUAAUUGGCUGGCACGAAUUCGGAAGGGAGAGGGGGACGGUGCAGAGCACAAUCAAUCACCCCAGCGCUGGAGAAGCAGCCCUCAAAGAGCUACUGAGGCUUGUUUACACUGACUUGGGAGCAACCCUGGUAGCUCAGGCCCGUCACCAAGAUCCCAGUGUGGCUGGGAAUAUUUAAAAUGAACAGAUCCAUCUCGCAUAGUCCCCUUUCCUUCUUUAAUAAAAUGACCUGAUUUUUGUAUUUUUUUCCCCAUUUUUGCUAUUCUGACUUCCUUCUCCGCUCUACCUCCUCCCCUUUCUGGACCUGAUGGGGGAGGGGAUGAGGGAGCUCGCUAGCUUUCCAAUAAUAAAAGAAAAGAAAGCAAUGUUUCAGAAUAUUUGCCUUCCGAAUGGCUUUGAACAACAGCAUUUCCAAAAAUAGCCCCCACGGCAAGGACAUUCCGAAGGGGAUCUCUAUAAAGUACAACCCAGAGAAGAGACUUCACGUAUUCAAAUCAGGUAUUUUUCUUGCAAACCUCCCAAACGUCCACGGUUUUUAAUUUCAGGUUUGAGAGCUGAAACUAGAAUGGACCUUAAUAGACGAGGGUGAAAUAUGGGUAUGAGUACAAAGACAUACUCAUAUACCGCAGAGAUAGUAACCUACUCUGUUCACCAUCUGUAUCUUUUAGUGCACAGCAAAAAAAUGUCGCCAUUUUGGUCUCUCAGAAAUAUUAUGAAUCUUUAGUCUUUAUCUUGUUCUGAGAUCCAUCCUUGCUUGAUGCUGAAACGACUCCAAUGCAGCCAUGCAUCUGCAUAAAGCUCUUCUGCAUAAAUAUAUAUAACAUUGGGAGCCACAGAAAGGGAUUUUGUAUAUUAUACAGAUUUAUUUUGUACACGGAAAUAUACACUUCAAAUGGAAAGAGGCUGGCUACAGUCUGAUAUCGGUGAUUGAAUCGCAAUUAAUGAUUAAUACAGACCAACGACUGACUAUUAAUUUUAACACAGGAAAAAAUAAUCUUUUGGCAACUGAUAAAAGAUUAUCGGCGACAUUUUCCUCGUUUAAAACAAACACCCUCCCCCACCCCUUGUUGUAAACAGGUUAAAUAAAAUCAAAAGAAAUGCUAGAAAUUUUAACGUGUCGCUGCUUCAGCACAGAAAACGAAGUUCAUGCUAAAAAAAGAGAGGAUUUCCCAUUCCCCUUCCACUCUUUCGGAAGUUCAGUGAUUUUCUCCAGCUUUCCAGCAAAGAUAGGAUGCAUUUUUUAAAUCUCUCCGUUGCAAACAACAAUCUGGAGUUUAAAAGACUGCUGCCGGCUAAAACCCAUUUCUACAGGCAUAGCAGUUGGUUUUUACAAGAUUUCGGCGUUCCCCGUCCAUAGAAAGGUCUCUUCCAGGUGGUUUUUGUAUUAGAUCGGCCACCAGGAAAAAUGUGCAGAAUACGUCCACCCACACAGGUUUUACUCACAAAGCCUUGUUACACUCCAAGCCUCUCCCUUUCAGUCUACUGUUAAUCCCAAUAUUUUCCUCCUACUGGGAAUCGCAACGUUUUCAAGUGAAAGUAGAUCCUAAAUUGGCAUCAUUAAGGUAAAACAGGGUUGCACUGGCCGCACAGCCCUGAGAAGCCUGUGAAAGCACAUUUUACAAGCAGCCCUUUUCCCUGUUUACUUGCGUUUCUUGCUCUCUCCCGCUUUUCUCGGCCACAUUUGAUCUUGGAAAGAGCAAGAAGCUUUAAAUGUGGUCAUAAGGGCCAGUAGCUGUCAAACCUUUUGGCGGACAAGAUUGAUCGCGCGCAGGCAUCACCAGAGCUUUGUUUGGAGUAAAAGCAAGAAAAUGAAACCCCUUGCAUUUUCCAACAGCAUCUAUAUUUGUAAGGCAGCCCCUUUUUAGGGAUUAAAUGACAAGUCUCGAUCUAUAUUUUAUUUAAACAAGCAACCCAGGAAAAAAAAAAAGAACGACUUAACAAUAUCCCAACCCCUCCCCCCUCCCAGUCCCUUCCAGCUUGUGGGUUUAUUAAGAGAAAACCGAGGAUUUUUGAUUAACAUUGUACAGACUGGAGCUCUACUGAUCAGUUUAUUAUUUUAGCCACUUACAAAGAUUUUCGUGAUGGCUGAAACAGCAAAGGCAAGCCCAAGCCCCCGCCGUGCUCUGUGGGCUACAUGAGAAUACACACACACACAGACACACACACACACACACACACACAUAUAUGCAUAUAUUUUUUUACAAAGCACAGAUCUUCCAGUUUUCAUCCCGAAUUCAAAUAACGACAGGAAACGCAGUCCCUGGCCUGGGCUCUGAGCAAAGAAGAACAUCAGACGUGUCCAAUGCAGUGCUGCUAUCAUCAUCAUCAUCAUCCUAAUUAUUAUUAUCCGCUUUCUUCUCGUAAUCAUUUUCAUCGCUCUUCUGGAUUUGCUUGGGAAAAAAAAGCUUGUGCCAGACCAGAGCAUGUAACUAGUCCAGUAAGUGGCACAUUGAAACGACUGCGAACAGAGCCAAUGCUCCUGGAGCGUGUACAGUUAUUCACAUUACAAUCCUGGUAGCAUUUUUUUCCUUGCCUACCACAUUAAAAAAAAAGAAAAAAGACAUUCAGACACUCGCCUCCAAUACAUUUCCUUGGAAUCGAAAAUACUCACCAGACCCAGUUUACUACGGUUAUUAAGCAAAAUAGGUUAGCGGUCGCGAAUCUAGCUAAUGCCCUGGAGUUUGUGGAAGAAAAAAAAUAUUCACAGCGCAUCUACUUCUGUGUAUUUAUAUAAUCUGUAUUUUGUUUUUUACGGUCCACUCCUGUGAAGUCAACUGCAGUGGGAAGGCAGGAACCAGAAAGCUCCUUUCUAGCUUAGUCUUCCCAUAAGAAGCGAGGCUGCAAAGAAAAAUCCAGCUAAACAAUGGGAUCGGAGAUCGGCGGUCAAUUGUUCUCCAUACUGUACAGCCAAUUAAAAAAAAAAAAAAGAAGAAGAGAAAAGAGGCCAACUCGGGAGCAAGACACUAGUUUCGAGGAAGUGCUAUUCCCCAGGAAAAAAGGAGGGCUCUCUGCCUGCGAGUCCUGCCUGGGUGCAACUUCUUAUGUGGGGGCCCGGCGGUGUCAAAACUUUGAAGAUUAAUGGAUUACUUUGUUAAUGACUCAAGGCGUCAGAUUGAGGUGCUUAAAUGAUUUGUGAGGUGCAAAGCGUUUUCCUGACAGUCCCAAACAAUGAGAAGGAGUGUGCGGGAGGAGGCGGGGAGGGGGGGGGCACACGGCAGUCUGCAGGACAAGCCACCGGCACACACCAACCCGCGCACCCCACGCCGAGCCCUUCGCUCGGGGACGCCAAGGGGAGCACUCCAGAUCUAGGAUUUCCCCCCUAAAAAAGUGUAAAUAAAGCCUUUCUGGCCCCCAAUGAGGCGUUCCUUCCCGACUUUUUUGGAUCAAUCAAACAGACAGUGGCUUCUUUUGAUUAAAGCCCAAAUUGUCAUUGGGCAGAGGCAAUCAUGUGACAGCCAAUUCGGUCCAAUUUCAACCUUGUCUCCAUGAAUUCAAUAGUUUAAUAGUAGCACGGUCCCCAUACGGCUGUAAUCAGUGAAUUAGAAAAAAAACACCCCACCAGCGAUCUUCUAUGAUCUAUUUUUUUCUUCUCUCUCUCCUUUCGCCCGGGCCUUCCCCCCCAACAGCCCCCGAAAUCAGAGGGAACUUUUUCUCCAAGGGGGCUGCGAGUUGAAGGCCAUGAAUUUCGAAUUUGAGCGAGAGAUUGGUUUUAUCAAUAGUCAGCCAUCGCUUGCUGAGUGCCUGACAUCUUUUCCCCCUGUCGGUGAUACAUUUCAAAGUUCAUCAAUCAAGAACUCGACGCUUUCACACUCGACACUGAUUCCUCCUCCUUUUGAGCAGACCAUCCCCAGCCUGAACCCAGGCAGCCACCCUCGCCACGGCAGCAGCAGCCGCCCCAGGCAGAGCCCCAAUGGCAGCAGCAGCAGCCCGGUGCCAACGGGCGCCCUGCAGCCUCCGGAGUACCCCUGGAUGAAAGAGAAAAAAGCCUCCAAGAAAACUGCCCUCCCGCUUGCCACGGCCUCAGCCUCCGCCACUGGACCAGCCUGCCUGAGCCACAAAGACUCCCUUGAAAUCCCCGAUAGUGGGAACGGUGGCUCCAGGAGGCUGAGGACGGCUUACACCAACACCCAGCUCUUGGAGCUGGAAAAAGAAUUUCAUUUCAACAAGUAUCUCUGCAGACCGAGGAGGGUCGAGAUUGCAGCCUUGCUGGAUUUGACUGAGAGACAAGUCAAAGUCUGGUUCCAGAACAGGAGGAUGAAGCACAAGAGACAGACCCAGUGUAAGGAGAACCAAAACAGUGAGGGGAAAUUUAAGAGUUUAGAGGACACCGAAAAAGCAGAAGAGGAAGAGGAGAAAUCCCUCUUUGAACAAGCCCUCAAUAAUGUCUCAGGGGCUCUUUUGGAAAGGGAAGGCUACACUUUUCAGCAAAAUGCACUAUCUCAACAGCAGGCUCAGAAUGUACACAAUGGAGAGUCCCAAAGUUUCCCAGUUUCGCCUUUAACAAGCAAUGAGAAAAAUCUGAAACAUUUUCAGCAUCAGUCACCCACUGUUCAGAACUGCCUAUCAACAAUGGCCCAGAACUGUGCAGCUGGCCUGAACAAUGACAGUCCUGAGGCCCUGGAUGUCCCUUCUUUACAGGACUUUAACGUUUUCUCCACAGAUUCCUGCCUACAGCUUUCAGAUGCAGUUUCCCCCAGUUUGCCAGGAUCUCUGGACAGUCCUGUAGAUAUCUCUGCUGACAGUUUUGACUUUUUUACAGACACACUCACCACAAUUGACUUGCAGCACCUGAAUUACUGAGAAAAGUCAAGACCUCCUCUCGCCAAGGGUUCUGCCUUCCUUUUUGAAAUGACUUAAUUUUAUUUUCCUUUUUCCUGGUCAGUAUUUUCUGUUUCUUAAUUCCCUUUGCUGUGUUUGAGAGCCAUUUUACCGUUUCUUUUGGAGUUUUAGUUGUGUUCAGUUUAACCUAGCCACAUCCUAGGUCCUUCUAUGAAAGCAAUAUCUGAGGCCUGUAAGAAAGUGAUCAUAUAGAAUUGUAUCGUCACUUUCUUUUUAUUUUUGUAUUGCAUUAGGAUGCGUUGUCAUAAGUAUUUUUGGUAGAAUAAAUUCUUGUUUGCUACAA